AUGAACCCAAAUCAAGAACAAAACCAAACAAAAAAUGAAAAUGAAAGGAAGGGCGGUAUGCCUACAAUUUCAGCAGGCGAGGGAAGUUCGGGAGGACAUGUAAUUCCGCCUCUGUCCCAGAGCUGCAGAGACGUGUCUCCCGCUGAGGGGAGGGAUGAUUCCCGAGUGGUAAAAGGACCCAUCACCGGGAACGGAGGGCUUGAGCUCUUCAGCCCAAGACAAACUACCGGCGAAAGCCUCUUCAGGAAGCCUCGCAUGGCAGAGGACAAGCUUUAUAGGAGUUGGAGGGCAACAAAAAGCACGGCAGCGGCCAAGGCUCUUAUGGGCAUUAAGACAAACGACGGGGAGACAAUGGUCAAACCAAGCGAGCUCACACGCAAGGAAUUGGUAGAGCAGGUGAGUAAGGGAAUGGACCAUAUCAGAAAAGUGGCCAAUUAUAAAAAAGGAGUAAAAGAGACCACAAAGAAGGCCCUCCGGGAGAUUGCGGCGAUGGCUGAAGCCGCGAUCAAAGAGAUUAGUGACCGGCCACAAUCAGAGGAGGUUAACAGACUCCAGACGGCCAAUGACAAUUUGAGGAGGGAGGUGGAACUCCUCAGAGUGGAGCUCGCUGCAGUCAAGCAGCAGGUUGCUAGCAUAGGCCGACGAGAGGCAGAGGAGGGUGAUACAUCCUCCAAACCUCAGGAGUCCUCGUCGGAGGACGAAUGCAAUGAGCCUCCCUCCUCAAAAACAAAGUCCCUGCCACCAGCGGCUGCUUUGACUGGUCUCCCCCGCCCGGAGCCGGUCAGGAGGGCGUCGGCGUUGGCAAAAGCACCUCUAGACUCUCUGGGGGUCAGCAAUGAGAAGGACGAGCUUAUUAGGGCGGUGCUCGUCCAAGUCGGGCAGAUGCUGUCCGCAAGAUUUGAUGCCCUGGAAGACAGACUCCUUCCUGAGAAGCCACUGAGGCCUCCGCUGGGAGUGAGACCACCCAGAAACGGAGGGUCAAAAGUCAUGGCCCCAAACAACGGGGGGAAAAAAGGGCCGGCGCCCAGCUCGUCCAGCGUCGCUGAAAGGGAUGGAGGGGAAAGAAACGCCUCUGUUGCAUACCUGGUUCCUUCCGUGUCAAAGACGUGGACCGAGGUAGUGGGGAGAAAGGCCAAGGCCAAGGAAAAGAAGAAGGCCAAACAGGAUGCAACCCUGGCAAAAAACAAAAGUGGGUUGGAAGGCAGCCCCAAAAGGGCAGAGCGGCCACAGCACCGGAAAAACGAGAAAAAGGUCAAAAUUAAGGUCCCAAAAAGAGCGGCUGUCGUCCUAUCGGCAGUCGACAGCGAGAAAACGACAAUAGCAGUUGCCCUCUCCAAAAUAAGGGACAAAAUAAAUCUGAGGGCGCUGGGAAUCGCGUCCCUACGCCCCAAGAAGGCCCAAACCGGGGCUAUCAUAUAUGAGGUCCCAGGAGAGAGGAGCCAGGAACUGGCCGACAGCCUGGCGGCGAAGCUCCGAGAGGAGCUCAACGGCGAGGAAGUCAAGGUCGCAAGACCCGUCAAAACCGCUAAGCUCCGCGUCUCGGGUUUGGACGACCUUACCGACACCCGGGAGGUGUCCGAGGCGAUGGCGGCCGUAGGCGGCUGCAAGGCUUGGGAAGUGACGGUCGGUUCCAUCAGGCGGUCGCGAGUGGGCCUCGGAUCGGUAUGGGUCCGUUGCCCCGCCACGGCUGACCGUAAGCUGUCAGAGGCGGGCAGGGUGCAAGUAGGCUGGGUCAUGGCCAGGGUGGAGGCCCUCAGACCCAGACCUAUGCAGUGCUAUAGAUGCUUGAGGACAGGCCACACCAUCGGCGCCUGUGAUUCCCCCGUCGACAGGGGGAGCAGGUGCUAUAGGUGUGGCUGUGAGGGGCACCCCGCCAGCCUCUGCGAGGGGGAGCUAAAUUGUCCCCUCUGCGCGGACCUAGACAGGCCGGCCGGACAUAGAUUCGGCGGACCGGCUUGCACCCCCGCCCCCCCACCGGAGAAGGACGGCCGGAGAGGAAAUAGUGGCACGGCUGCGAAACCCCGCAACGCGACCAUGGCCAAAGCCCCUAAUGCAGGAGGCAAUACGGAGGUAAAGGCCGCACCGGCGGCAAGUUCCCAGCAACUGGGAGGGGGUGGAGGUAGCCUGGAGGAGGCGAUGGACACGGCUCUUUAA